UAUCAGCCAUGCCCAAGUCUUUUCUGGUAAAACGGCGUAACUCGGCACAGCUGGGAACACGGAAUUGGAGUGAACUCUCUGACCAGCUCCGGGGGGAUUUGUACGUACCAGAAAGCAGCGUGGUCCAGGCCCUUGUCAACCCCAGAAUUCUCAGCAUCAGCAGCAAGAGAGGGUGGGAUGGAGGAGACCCUCACAGCCUUGUCCAAAACCUGUUUCAUUCUCAUCCACAUGCCGUGGAAAAGCAUCCUCACAGCAACAAGGGCAGAGGUCUCCCAGCACAGGCAGACUUCCAGUGCUGUGUGUGCAGCAAACGCUUCCUGCUGCAGCGCAUGCUGAACCGCCAUCUCAAGUGCCACAGUUCCAUCAAGAAGCAUGCGUGCCAGUAUUGCAGCAAAGGCUUCAAUGACACUUUCGACCUCAAGAGGCACUUGAGGACACACACAGGCAUCCGCCCGUACCGCUGCUGCACCUGCGGCAAAGGCUUCACCCAGCGUUGCUCCUUGGAGUCCCACCUCAAGAAAAUCCACGGCGUCCCACAGCCCUACGGCUACCGGGAGCGCCGCUCCAAGCUCUUCGUGUGCGAGGAGUGUGGCUUCACUUGCGGCGCCAGCGACGAGUACCACGGCCACGCGCACCAGAGCCACCCCACCGGCCGCGUCUCAGGGGAUGACUCCCCGAAGGCCAGACCGGCCGAUUUUCAGGCCAAGUUACACGUUUUCCACUGUCCUGUCUACUGA